AUGGCAAAGGCUGCUGUGCCAAUUACUGAGGAUCCUGAUGAGGAGGCCUAUGAUUCUGCUGAAGAUGAGGAUUUUGAGCUAGACGCCGCACAGGAUGACUCCGAUUUAUCUUCCGACGCCGAUGAGGCCGUGGAACCCGCAAAGAAGAAGCGCAAGACAGUCACUCAGCCACAAAUCCCGGAAGCGGAGGAGCUUGACUCUGGAGAUGAGGCCACUAUCACGAAAGCGAGAGAGAAGAAAGACAAGAAGCGCAAGGGAAAGAAACCGAAGGGCAAACACGCCCGCGACAGCGACUCAGACGAGGACAUCGACAUUGACGAUGAAGAAGGAGGGGCCGGGGGAUUCGUGCGAACACGCGCAAUGAGACAGCACAUACAAGAAGAACGGCGCAAACCGCUAGCCAAAAUUGAUGGCGCAACCGUGGAUGUCGACGCUUUAUGGGAGCAGAUGAAUGCCCCUCAAAGCUACACCGGCCUGCAGACACCCCAAACCCAGCAGCCAACCGAACCCACUGCAGCUGAACCAACAGGCGAAUUGAAAGCACAGGAACAGGUUGCCGGAGAUGCCGAACACAAGACGGGACCCGCCGAUGAGAUGAUCAAAAUUAAGCGCACCUACAAGUUUGCCGGAGAGUGGACUACCGAAGAGAAGCUAGUGUCCAAACACUCGGCAGAGGCCAAGGUGUUUUUGGCAAGCGGGGAGAACGUCGAGUACACAAAGGAGGAUGCUGCGGCUGCAACUCGUGCGCGUGGCCUGCAGCGACCGCUCCGCAAGUACUCCCGAUUUGACCCCAACCCGCCCGGUUCAAUUAAGAAAAGCUGGGAGAAGCAGCCUGUGUCGGAUGACAAGGACGCGCGCGGACCCAAGAUCAAUACCGUGGAGAAAUCUCGACUCGACUGGGCCGAGUAUGUCGACCAAGCCGGUAUCAAAGACGAGUUGCGCACGCACAGCAAAGCCAAGGAGGGCUACAUCGGUCGUAUGGACUUCCUGGGUCGCAUGGAAGACAAGAGGGAAGAAGAGAGACGAUCUGCACGACGCAAGGGAAUCUGA